GGAGAUGAGCCGGAAAGAGGCCACGAGGAGGGAAGGUGUGCCCCAUCCGGGGCGAGUGCAGGAGCUGCUGCUUUUGUGGAACCACUGGCUACAUGACCUUGCUCUUUCAGUUUCCCUUUCCUGGUACCCGCUCUUUUUCAUGCAGACACCUGCCUCGCCCCUUCCGCUGAGGGAUUUUUGGAAUCUGUUUCCAUUUUUUACGCAUCUGUGGAAUCUCCGGCUGGGCCGCUUAAAAGUGCAGGGAUGAAGCCGUCUCCUGAGACACUUGCCACCUCACUUCUCCAAGGCCAUGAUGCUUCCUCAGGCUCUCCCGCUACUGCUUUCUGCCCUGAUGUCAGGGACGAUUUCGAAGUCCCUGGCCCCGACUCUCAGUAAUCUUCCCCCCGAGAGGAGCUGCCAGAUCAGCCACUUCAAGUUUCUUUCACCUCGGGAGAUGGAAACUUUCAAGGUGGCCAAGGAUGCCUACGAGAAGACCAUGCUUCAGACGGAGAGGAAAUGUAGCUCCAGAUUCUUCCACAGAAGCUGGGACCUUCGGCAGCUGCAGCUGUCAGUUCGGCCCGUGGUCUUACAGGCUGAGCUGAAAUUGACUCUGGAGGUCUUGAAAGCCGUAACCAAGCCGGAGUUGGACAGCGUUCUGGCUCAGCCCCUACAAACGCUCAGCCACAUCCACCAAGAGAUCCAAAGCUGUGUUACUUCCAGGCUCUCUAAAGAACACAGGCCUCCAGGCCGCCUGAAUAAUUGGUUGAACAAGCUCAGUGAGGCUAGAAAGGAGGCUCACAAUUGCCUAGAAGCAUCCAUUAUGCUCAAUCUCUUAGGAAUCCUGACCAGAGACCUCCGAUGUGUAGCCUCUGGGGACCUAUGUUGAAGAUUCAGACCCACCCUGAGAUCUCAGAGUGGACUUUUGCACUCCAAACUUUAUUUAUGGACCAACACCCUUCUAAUUUAUUUACUCCAUGCCCAACACUCACAUACUUUAUAUGCCAGAGGACAGUUUUAUACUUUUGUAUUUGUUUCUAUAUUUUGUUAAAUAAAUAAGAAAACGCAAAAAUA